AUGGGCCCUCCACUUUCAAUCCUCAACGAGUUCAUCUAUAUGAAUAUUAUGAAACCUAUUGUCAAAGUGGAGUCAGCUGGACCUCAUGAGGGUUACUUUGCCGAUAAGGUAAUCUCAAAAGAGAUUCUUCAUUAUUACUUAAAGGCUAAUGUACCUGAGAACAUAAGCAAGAAGAUGAUGGCAACUUGGGAAGAAAGGAUCUCGGGAAUACUGACCUCUUACGAGAACUAUACUCGUUAUGUAUGCGGUGAUUUUCAAUCCCCUAACCCUAGGGAUUGUUUUCGAGCUCAUGAGGAAAAGUGGGAUAAAUUCAAGUCAAAGCUAAUAAGCGGGGAGGGAAAUUACUACUGCGUACACUAUUAA